UGCCAAACGCAUCCAGUCAACGAGUCCGUCUUCGCAAGCACGAAGUGAGGAAUAAGAAGCGCAGUCACCUGCGAACAGUUCGUCGCGCGAGGAGUAUACUGAAUACAUCAAUUCCGCAUAUUGGUAUUCAACGCGUAUUUCUUUCCUGGAUACGAUCAAGGUCAUCAGAAAAGAAAAUGUUGCGAAUAUUUGUAAUCGUUAUCAUCGCAAAUGCAGCGAUAGCCCAAGUGCCAUUUUUGGGUACAUGUCCAAAUUUGGAGGCAGCGCAACAUUUUGACGUUAAUAAAUAUUUGGGAAAAUGGUACGAAGCCGAAAGAUACUUUGCGUGGUUCGAAUUUAGUGGAAAAUGUGUGACAGCUAAUUACAGUCUGAACGAGAAUGACACGGUGAAGAUCAAUAAUAAGCAAAUUUCAUCAUUAACUGGAGUUGCAUCGAGUAUCGAGGGCAUUGGAAGGUUAAUUGGCAGAUCCGAUGAUUCUAAAUUAACCGUUACUUUUCCAUCCUUGCCACUAUCGUUUGAUGCACCUUAUUGGAUUUUGGAUACAGAUUACAAGUCAUACAGCGUAGUAUGGAGCUGCACAAAUCUCGGAGUGUUCAACGUACGAAACGUUUGGAUUUUAACACGAGAACCAAAGCCGCCAAUUGCAGUUUUAGAGAAAGCUUACCAAGUUAUCGAUAAAAACAAUAUCAGCAGGGCAUAUUUUAUUCGAACAGAUCAGAAAAAUUGUCCGAUUUCGUAUUAAGAAUGGUCUAUAUAUAUUUACAAGGAAAAAUGUUUGGUGAAGAACGAAAUAUUUUUUACGAUGAUUCUUUAGAUUAUGAAUUUGAAAUAUCUAAUCAAAAUCAGAAUACUGCGUGGUUGUAGUUUCACACUUAAAAUUUUUUCCAUAUCUGUGAUUUUUAACGCAAUAUGUGUCAAAAAUUAACUUAUAUAGACUUUUUAGACUUAUGGACUUAUAUACUUUUUUACAAUGAAGUUUAAGGAAUUUAAUAAAUUAA